AUGAACAAUGGGUUAAUACCCCCUCAGGGACAGUAUCAGAUGCUACUGGGACUGGACAUGUCCCACCAGCCUGAGCAUGCAGAGCUAUCCCGCUCUCUGAGGGGUGGGGGACAUGAUUAUAACUUGAGUGGUGUGUUGAGGUUUACAGAUUGGGUUGUCACACUGAUGCAGAAGGGACCUCCGUGCCUUGGGCCCCUGCAGCAUCAGCUAGCCCCUCUGGUAGCUGGAGUUGCCAUUUGUGAGCCACCUGACAUGGGUGCUUACUUGGGAUGCAUUGAAGUUCUGCGCUCAAUGAGGUCUCUCGACUUCAGUACAAGAACUCAGAUUACCAGGGAAGCCAUCAGCCGUGUCUGCGAAGCCGUGCCAGGUGCCAAAGGAGCCUUCAAGAAGAGAAAGCCUCCGAGUAAAGUGCUGUCCAACAUCUUGGGGAAGAGCAACCUCCAGUUUGCAGGCAUGAGCAUCUCCUUGACCAUCUCCACUGCCAGCCUGAAUCUGCGCACUCCCGACUCCAAACAGAUCAUAGCGAACCACCACAUGCAAUCCAUCUCCUUCGCCUCAGGAGGCGACCCGGACACAACAGACUAUGUCGCCUAUGUCGCUAAGGACCCUGUUAAUCGCAGAGCUUGCCAUAUUCUGGAGUGCUGUGAUGGGCUAGCCCAAGAUGUCAUUGGCUCCAUCGGACAAGCCUUUGAACUCCGGUUCAAACAGUAUCUGCAGUGUCCCUCCAAGAUUCCUGCUCUCCAGGACCGAAUGCAGAGUCUAGAUGAGCCUUGGACUGAAGAGGAGGGAGAUGGCCCUGAUCACCCAUACUACAACAGUGUCCCCAGCAAGAUGCCUCCUCCAGGGGGAUUUCUUGAUGCUCGAUUGAAAGCCAGACCCCAUGGUCCUGAUGCAGCUCAGUUUGCAGGGAAAGAGCAAACUUAUUACCAGGGAAGACACUUAGGAGACACAUUUGGUGAAGACUGGCAGCGAGCACCCACCAGGCAAGGUUCCUUGGAUAUCUACAGCACUCCAGAAGGGAAAGCGCACAUGGCUCUAGUAGGAGAGACACCAACCUAUGUCAACACUCAGCCAGUCCCUCCCCAUGUUUGGCCCACAGCAAGCAGCAGCACCGAGAGCAGCCCACGCAAGGACCUCUUUGACAUGAAGCCUUUUGAAGAUGCUCUCAAGAACCAGCCCCUGGGGCCCGUGCUGAGCAAAGCAGCAUCUGUGGAGUGCAUCAGCCCCGUCUCACCCAGAGCCCCAGAUGCCAAGACGCUGGAGGAGCUGGAUGCUGAGCCCUGGUACCAAGGAGAGAUGAGCAGGAAGGAGGCAGAGGCACUGCUGCAGGAAGAUGGAGACUUCCUAGUCAGAAAGAGUACUACCAACCCUGGUUCCUUUGUCCUCACGGGCAUGCACAAUGGCCAGGCCAAGCACCUGCUGCUAGUGGACCCGGAAGGCACGAUCCGGACCAAGGACCGGGUCUUCGACAGCAUCAGUCACCUCAUCAACUACCAUCUUGAGAGCAGCCUGCCCAUCGUCUCUGCUGGUAGUGAGCUUUGCCUCCAGCAACCAGUGGAGAGGAAACACUGA